CGCGCCUCCGCCAUAGUAUCUGCUUGCUGAAGGCCGCAGGAUCUCUCCAUGGCUGCUCCCUCGGUUAUAAAAUGCGGCGAUAUCUCCGUGUUUUGUUCGUCUGCACGCUGAUAGUUUUCUGCUCGCUUCUCUACAUAUUUAACCAGCUGGUUUCAUCGCUGGAGAGCGCGAAUGAUCAUCAGGCGCGAGCGCAGCGGACACGCGCCGCGGACACGGGCCUGAGGGAGCGCGCGCACGAUGACAGAUCUGAGCCUCAGCGUCUGCAGCCGGUGCAGUUGGCCGUGGUGGCGUGCGGAUCCAGACUGCAGGAGACUCUCACCAUGAUCAAAUCCGCCGUCAUCUUCAGCCGCAGUAAACUGCACUUCCACAUCUUCGCUGAGGAAGAUCUCCAUGCUGGAUUCAGAGACACGCUUCAGUCAUGGCCACAGAGGGUUCGCUCCAGGUUCAGCUACAGCAUUUAUCCCAUCAGCUUCCCAUCAACAAACACCAGAGAGUGGAGGAAACUCUUCAAACCCUGCGCUUCACAGAGACUCUUCCUGCCCCUGAUCCUGAAGCAGGUGGACUCAGUGCUGUAUGUGGACACUGAUAUCCUCUUCCUGCGGCCGGUGGAGGAUGUCUGGAGCUUCCUGUCCGCUUUUAACCGCAGUCACGUGGCGGCGCUGGCACCUGAACACGAGGAGCCACGCAUGGGCUGGUACAACCGCUUCGCUCGACACCCAUACUAUGGUAACACUGGAGUCAACUCAGGAGUGAUGCUGAUCAACAUGACGCGCAUCAGACACACACACUUCAAGAAUGAUCUGUCAGCGGUGAAGCUGAGCUGGUCUGAUCUCCUGAUGCCGCUGCUGAACAAAUAUAAGCUGAACAUCACCUGGGGAGACCAGGAUCUGCUCAACAUCAUCUUCCACUACAACCCUGAGAGUCUGUUUGUGUUCCCCUGCCACUGGAACUAUCGGCCGGAUCACUGUAUUUACGGCAGUAACUGUGCCGCCGCUGAACAACACGGCAUCUACAUCCUACACGGCAAUCGAGGCGUUUACCACGAUGACAAGCAGCCAGCAUUCAGCGCCGUUUACGACGCCAUCCAGCAGUAUGCGUUUGAGGAUGAUCUGCUCCACGGUUUGCUUGAGCCUCUGGAGGAGAAGCUGAAGAGCUCUGAACACACAUAUUGUGGACGGGUUCGACACAUCUUCACCAAACGCCUGAGAGAGACCAUAAGAGACCUGCAGGAACAGAGCGCACCACUGGAGGUUUGAGCUUCAGAAACACUGUCCUCUCAUGACCUCUGACCUCAGACAUUAUUAUUAUUAUUAUUAUUAUUAUUAUCCAGACCAUCAGCUGCUGACAAUCACAAGCACACACAGAGCACACACGAGGUGCUUUUCCAAACCGGGGAGUUAAACAUGUAGAUAAUGAGGAUGACGCUCAGCAUUUCUGUCUGGUUUACAGUGCAAAUAUCUUAACAUUCUGAAAUCAAGAUGCAUUACUUGAGAUAAGGCAAGUUUAGAUGGAUGGAUGGAUGGAUGGAUGGAUGGAUGG